UUGGGGAAAGAAAGCGGACGUACGAGGUAUCAUACGAAAUCGUCGAAGAAAAUGGCGUUUACAAUUAAUCACAAUAAUAAACAAUGGGAGAAAGUGGAUACAAUGCAAUUGUGGAAACACGGCGACGGAGAAAACACAGAAUGGAUGGUUGAAAAAAUUACAGAGACCGAAUGUAUAUAUGGAACAUAUUCUCAAGGAGUCGAGCGAUGCGCACCACUGCUUUUUUCACCAAUUGCGGUGAGCGUCAAUGAACAGAGGGAACCCGUGUUGCCAAAGUACGAUCUACAUCAAGUUCAACGAAAGGAAAUCCUCGAUGGUGAGCGGAAACUCUUCGAAUACACACAACGAGUCGCAGGGAUCCCCUGUCAGGUGAAAGUCGUUCCACACUUGAAUCCAGGACAUUAUGCCAAAGCAGUAGAGGACAGGAAGAGGUUGACCAUGGCGAUUGAGCAUAAAAAAGGCGAUUGGACAAGCAUCAAUGACGUCCAAAAAAUAUUUGGGUGUUUGUUUCCGCAUCCAUCAGACAUCACACGAUGGGAAGACGAUGUCAAAUUCGGAAUGCAGCGUUUUGCUGGCACGAACAACACCGUUAUCAGACUCUGUACGAAAAUACCAGAGACACUUGCGGUAACACCGGCAAUGCUCAAACCCCUCAUAGAAAAUGAUACAUUGGAGUCGGCGAUAAAGAAAAAGCGUCUUUUUAUAAUAGACCACUCAAUUCUACGGAAUUGUCCAACGAUCAAAGGGACUGUUGUUUGCUCUCCUAUAGCAUUGUUUUACCGAAGGAAUGACAACAAAAUAGUUCCCAUUGCCAUUCAGCUGUUCCAAGACAAAGCCCACGAUAACCCAGUCUUUCUACCUUCCGAUCCCAAAUACACGUGGAUCCUCGCGAAAAUGUGGUUCAACAAUGCAGACGCCUGCGUUCAUCAAGCAAACACCCAUCUUGGAUACACGCACAUCGUUAUGGAGGGAUUUGAGGUAUCCAUAAAUCGAAAUCUCUCCAAGUCACACCCGAUGUUUAAAAUAAUGGCACCGCACUUCAUGUAUCUGAUGACCAUCAACUAUCUUGCUUUAGAUAUCUUGCUCGGGGAAGGUCAAUUUAUGAACACAGUCGUUUCUGUGGGUACGGAAGGAGCCUACGAGUUGAUUAGGCGCUACCGAACCAAAUGGAGGCUCAACGUUGAAGGAACGCUCCCGGCGGACCUAAAAGAGCGAGGUGUAGACAGCACAGACGUAGUUCCUGACUAUCCCUUUCGGGAUGAUGCGCUGAUGACGUACAACGCAAUCCUACAAUACGUAACAGACUACGUUCACCUCUACUAUCCAUCCGAUAAGGAGUUGAGUGAAGAUUAUGAGAUACAGAACUGGCGGGCAGAUCUGGAUAGACCGAUACCUGAUGGUGGCCUUGGUAUUCUUGGUGUUGAAGGGGUCGACGGGAGAUUUACAUCACGUGAACAACUGAUUCAAGUAGUUACGAGCAUUAUCUACACCUGCAGCGCGGGUCACGCGGCAGCGAACUUCAAGCAGUACGACGAAUACGCAUACCCUAUGAAUUACCCGUCAAUGCUUCGCGGAAAGCCACCUAGCGACAGACGAAGCCGUUCCGAGGUUGACGUCAUACAAACCAUUCAACCCCGCUUGAAUCACUACAAAUUGAUGACGAUAGUGAAAAUCCUAAGUGAUCAUUCAUUCGGGAACCAACUGGGUGAUUUCGACCAACGGUACAUCUAUGACCCGAAAGCGAUGCAUAUUGUGAAGAAGUUUAGAGCCGAUCUGUGUAAGAUUCAUAGAAAAAUCCAAAAACGGAACAUGGAAAGAGAAAUUCCAUAUGAUUACAUGGAUCCACUUGUAAUACCCAAUUCUAUCAAUAUUUGAGUACUUUGUACAAACAACGUACUUUAUGUAUCCAAUCUGAAUAUCCAAGUAUAUCAAUGUUUAAGUAAUUUGUACAAAUAACCUACUUUAUGUAUCCAAUCGUAAUACCCAAUUCCAUUAAUAUUUGACUACUUUGUACAAACAGCGUACUUUGUGUGAUCAGUAAGAUGUGUGAUCUGCGGAUUCCGGGAUCAGUGCCUGAAUUUAGUGCAAGAUUGAUUUGUAUAAUCAUUCGUGUUGAUUUUUUUUAUACAUUUUAACCAAAUAUCAGAAUAUUAUUUCACUUGAUUCUACUUUAUUAAAAGCUAUCUAGCAUUCCGUGUAACGCUUUGCAUUGCUGUUAUAUCAUGUAUAUCUUUCUUUGUAAAUGAGUAUGGGACUGUACUGGAGACCAAUAUUUUGUAUAAGUGAUACAGGUCUAUAAAUAUAUGUCUAAACUUUGUCAUUGUUGCGCAUACAUGUUCUCGUUUAUUGGUUCUAAAUAUUUUGUAAUUGUGUUGCAUUUUUGUCGCAUGCCAUUAUUUUCUUUAUUGAAUGACUGAACGUUAAAAGUAGAGCUUCUUAAAUAUGUAUAUUGAAUUGUUGUUGUUUGUCAAAUUGGUAUUUUUUAUUGCAAUCAUGAUAUACCAUUUCAUGUUAGCAAAUUGUGUGCCUCAAUGUAAACUAAUCACGCUUAAUUAAGAAUGUUUAAUGGUCAAAUGUUUGUUUCAAUAUGACAUUGAAAUUAUGUGCUUUGUUUCCUUGGGUUGGUUUAUAUUUA